AUGUGUAAAACGGUGUGUGAUCACCAAGAACCAGCUGUCGCAGGGACAGCCGUUGGGCAGGUGAACUGUAGCUCAGGUGAUGUUUGGGUGCAGUGGAGGUUGGAGGGGUGCAUGGUGGGGUACAGGUCUGAGCACCUCAUCACAGCUGGGCUCAGGGAAUACGUACAGUGCCUGGAGGUCCGUGACUCCCUGAGCAUCCGGUGUGCAGGUGACAGUACCGGCAGAGGGUCGGGGUGGGGGUCACCCAGGGUGACACUAGUAGAGUUCUCUCAGUGGGGUGAGCCGCAGCGGUGCUGGGCUGUCUUCAUGACAGCGCUCAGGCGGUGCAGAUGGGCUCGGGGGGACGCAAGGCCCCGCAGGGGCAGCCCAGCCAGCGCUCCCAUGCUGGGCAUUGGCGGUUCGCGCCCCACCUGAGGUUGCCAAGCCAGCACUGUCCCCCUCCCACAGUAGAUGAGCGGGACGCGGCGGUGCAUACCACCCAAUGUGUCCGCCGCCACCCCCUAUAUAAGGCGGCCAUUUCAUCCUCCGCUGCAGUGCCGCCUCUCACCACCUCGCCUUCCACCGCCUCUCGCCAUGACAGAUGCGGCCCUGUCCUUCACUAAGGAUUUCGUCACCGGUGGGGUGGCGGCCACCAUCUCCAAGACCGUCGCCCUUAUCGAGAGGGUGAAGGGGCUGCUACAGGUGAAGCACGCCAGCAAGCAGUUCUCACCCAAUACGCACUAAAAGGGCACCGUCAAUUGCAUGGUGUGCAUCCCCUGGGAGCAGGGCAUCCUCUCCUUCUGGUGUGGCACCCUGGCCAGUGUGAUCGGGAACUUCCCCAGCCAGGCCCUCAACUUUGCCUUCAGCGAUAAGUAGAAGCAGAUCUUCCUGGAUGGUGUGGACAAGCAAAUCCAGUUCUGGCGGUACUUUGCUGGUGACCUGGUGUCCGGGGGUGCUGCCGGUGCUACCUCCCUCUGCAUCAUCUGCUCACUUGACUUUGCCUCAACCCACCUGGGAGCAGAUGUGGGCAAAGCCAAGGCUGACCAGGAGUUCAGUGGGCUCAGCGACUGCCUGCUCAGUGUCUUCCGGUCGAUGGCCUCAAGGGCCAUACAGGGCUUCAGUGUCUCUCUCCAGGGUAUCAUCAUCUACAGAGCUGCCUACUUUGGCAUCUAUGACACUGUGAAGGGUAGGCUCCCAGACCCAAGCAACACCCCCAUCAUUGUCAACUGGAUGAUCGCUCAGACCGUCACUGCUAUCGCUGGUUUCACAUCAUGCCCUUUUGAUACUGUCCGUCGUCGCACGAUGAUGCAGUCUGGUUGGAAAGGAGCUGACGUUAUGUACAUGGGCACCCUUGACUGCUGGUGGAAGAUUGCCCAGGACGAGGGCUCCAAGGUUUUCAAAGGUGCAUGGUCAACUGUACUUCGAGGAAUGGGUGGUGCUUUUGUCUUGGUCCUCUGUGAUGAAAUCAAGAAGUACACAUAAGUUGCCUUCUGUUGUGAACUGGCAUGUUGUUACAUAUAGUCCACGACCGUUCAUGGACUUGUGUGAAAACCAUCUAGUUACUAAACAGCAAUGGCUGAUGUUUAUACAGGUUGGCAUGGGGCAGGAGCAACUGCCUGCCCUGCCUUUAUCAAAUUGUUCUCCCUGAUGGGACUCACCAUGGUUUCUAUUUCAGUCACUCCUGCUUAAAGAGUACAAAGAAAUAAAAAUCUGAAACCA